ACCUAGGAGAAGGAGGAGCCUGGUCUGAAAGCAGCUGUGUCCUCAGAGCUCAGGCCCUGGCGGAACCCAGGCCUCCCCCAAGGCUGAGGGCUGGGCAGUGUGCGUGUCACUGUGCCCGCACGGGGCCUAAGGGUGUGGUUGCACACUCAGAAACACCCAGGUUCCCUUGGGGAGCUCUGUGUGAGGGACCUCAGCAACGAACCCAAGAAAUGAUGUCACUUCCUGGCAACAGAACUCAACAGAACCCAGAACCCAGGGACCCAGGCACCACUGCGAGAGGAGACCCCAGCCAGAUCACUUGCUGCCAAGAUGUUCUGCUGUUUGCCCCUGCCCAGAGGCCGGGGCCUCGGGAGGGCUCACAGGCAGAGUGUGUGGGAUCGCUGGCGACGCUGGCUCAGGGCCCCCCGAGGAGGCCUCUGGCCCUUUGCCCGAAGGAACAGGAAGAGCUUCCCACCGGAUGUGGCCGACGAGGGGGACACGCCGUCCACCUCCUCGAGGGAGGGGUCGGAGCCCCAUCCCCCUGCCCGUGAGGCCCAGUGCAGGGUCCAGGUGAGCGUGCCCAUGGAGGGGUCAGCCCAAGGGGGAGUGAAGAGCAAGAGGGGAAGGCCUCCCCAGAAACCACCCAGGACACACCGCGGGGCCCAGUCUCGGGCUGCUUCGCGGCUCAGCACACCUGGCUCCGACCCAGAGCCCCGAGCACCCCUCCCUCUGAGGCAGCACGAGGACCUGGAGCCCAGCGCGGCAGAGCACAGAGAGGUGCUUGCUGCACGUGCAGGACCCAGGGAUCCACUGAGGGGACAUCGAGACCUGAUCCAUCCUGCCUCAAAGACACUGGACCAGCUGGUUCCUGGCCACCACACUGGGCAGAUCGGACCUCUGUGCCGGCAGGACGCCCAGCCCCAGGCACCGAUGUCUCAGGAGGAGCUCCGGGUCCACACCGGGAACGGGCGCUCUCAACCCCUGGGCUCAGCAGCGCCCUCAUCCUCAGGCUGGCGGCUCUGCCCUGACGGGAGCUGGAAGGCCACCAACGGCCCCAGGCCGACCUCACUCCCCUUCCACUGCUGGAGCCUGACGACAGCCAGCCGCACCCCUUCCGGCAGAACCAGAGCCCCUCUGCCCCUUGAUGCCAGGGUCAAGCCUGGCCCUGGGUCCUGA